GGGUCUGUUUGUAACAAAGCAAAAUCAGCAAAGGGGCUCGGGCUGUAUUAUAGCUUCUUUUGGGCCCAUCUCCAUUUUUCUUGGGCUGGGCCUUCAGCAUGUUUUGCAAGAGAAAUGAUCCAAAUUCGUUCCUCUCGAGUCUCCUUUCGUAAACUUCAGAAAAGUCCGUUAAUCGAGAUUGAUCUAAUCUACCAAAGCAAAAUCGAUAUCGACGAGCUUCGAUUUGUAAACAGAUCAAUCUACCAAAGCAAAACCGAAAACGACGAGCUUCGAUUUGGAUAUUCCGGGUUCUCCACAAAUAUAACAGAAUUUUGAAUAGCUUGUGCCGUGGGCCGUGGCCGUUGGUGAGAUCAUCAAAAUAGAAAAUGGGGUUUAUGGUAACAACCCUAAUUUUCGUGGUGAUUGGAAUCAUUGCAUGUCUCUGUGCCAGAAUCUGCUGCAACAGAGGGCCUUCUACGAAUCUGUUGCACGUGACAUUGGUUAUUACUGCAACAGUAUGCUGCUGGAUGAUGUGGGCAAUUGUGUAUCUUGCGCAGAUGAAGCCACUCAUAGUCCCAAUUUUGAGUGAAGGGGAGUGAUGUGCUCUAUGCAAAAUGAGUAUAAUCCUCUUACUUUUUGGAGGUGUGAGUGUAUUCUACUAGAGUACAUUAAGUACCAAAGUCUUCUCAUAUCAUAUUCGUGUGUAGCCUUCUGAUUGGUGACGCAAAUGGCUUUGAAUUGGUUCUGUAAGUUGUGAAUGGCCCUAGUAUCAGUAAAACUGUUGUAAUAUAUUAUUCAUUUUUUGGACCAGAUGAGUGGAAGCUUUUCGAAAUAA